AUGGGUGUGUCGCAAAGCACGCACUACGGCGGGGACAUUUGGCUUGCCUUGAAGGACCUCUGCCUCUCAGUGUCCCUAACAAGUUCAACGACACGUGUCUCAGUUCUGAUACUGACGUCCCUCUAUCUCCUGCAAGUGUAUCGCCGAAACCAACGAAUGACACGCAUACGAGGACCUCAGAGCCCAAGUUGGGUGUUUGGCUUGUCCAAGACAUUGCUAGAUUCUAUCGCUACUACUGAACUAUACGAACGUUGGGCCGUAGAGUACGGUCCAGUGUACAGGGUUCCCAUCGCCUUAGGAGAAUCCAGGGUCAUACUAUGGGACCCAAAAGCGGUCUCUCAUUUCUUUGCAAGAGACACGGCGUCGUAUGAACAAACUCCGUUCAACAAGCUCGCCGUUAGCAUCACUGUUGGACGAGGACUUUUGUGGUCUAAUGGUGAAAGUCACAAAAGGCAGCGCAAGGCUAUCAACCCUGCCUUUGGCCCAGCUGCCAUCCGGGGCUUAACAUAUAUCUUCCAAGAUUCCGCUCACAAGACAAUGGCCGCUUGGGACGCUGAGAUAGGAUCGAACCAGGGAACUCAUUCCGCUGUAAUUGAUGUUCAACAAUGGAUGAAUCACAUUACACUUGACAGUUUAGGCAUAGCCGUCCUGUCCCAUGACUUCGGCGCACUCCAUGGCCAUCAGUCUGAUGUCCAGUACGUCCUGAAUGCGGCUAGUUCAGCUUCCAAUGCUUCGCCCGACUUGGCCGUCCUUGCACAAAUCUUUCCUUCCGUCCUGAGGCUGCCAUUGCCUCACACACGGUUCUUCAAGAAGCUGGCCGUGAGUCUUGGUAAAAUAUGCAACGAGACGCUAUCGCGAACGCGCAAAGCAAAAGAGGCUGGCGCCGCCGAGCAAGGGGACAAAUCAUGCUUGAAUUUGCUUGUAAAAGCGGAGGAUUGUGGUGAGAGCGCGGGACUGACUCACGAAGAAGUGCUAGCCCAGGCAAGAGUUCUACUUAUCGCCGGCUUUGAGACUACCUCAGUCACCAUGACAUGGGCUUUGAUCCAACUUGCGAGGAAUCCAGACAUGCAGAUGAGGCUUCGCGACGAGUGUCUAGACUUUGGGUCAACCCCCUCAUACGACGACCUCACGAAUAAGCUUCCGUAUCUGGACGCUGUAGUGCAUGAAGUUCUUCGGCUCCACCCGUCGUUCAAAGAAGUCGCGCGAUCGGCAAUGGAAGAAGACGUGAUCCCACUCAGUGAACCCAUGCGUACGGCGGCCGGUGAAUUUACUGACAGCGUAUGCAUCCCGAAGGGGACAGAGGUCGUUAUCCCGCUCGCUGCACUCAAUUGCUCAGUUAGUAUGUGGGGGCCUAGCGCGAAAGAGUUCAAACCUUCCCGGUGGCUCAAUGAGGACAAGGACAAGGACACGUCUGGGGCUAGAGAAUCACUGCGUGGCUACCGUCGUUUAAUGACAUUUGGCGAUGGCCCGCGGAUGUGCUUGGGGCGCGUAUUUGCAGUGACAGAGUUCAAGGCCGUGCUGUUCGUGCUUGUGCGACACUUUGUGUUUGAGAUGGUGGAUGACCCUGGGGUGCAGAUUGUGGAGAGUUCUGGGCCUUUGCCAAGGCCGCUUGUGGUGGGGAAUUUUGCUGAGGUUGGAACUGUGCCUCUCCGGAUACGCCGCUAUGAGGUCUGA